AAUAAAUUUGCAUUUGAAAUUUUUUUUAAUCUUUUUUUGUCGAGGAAAAAGCUAAAAUGAAAAAUAAAAUGUUUACUCCGACCCCGAACUCCGACCCCGAUCGAUCACGUAUAUAGCAACUAGAUCUCAAAGUUUGAGCUUCCCUAUAAAAGGUACCACAUAUCUCUAUCUGAACGCUGAAUUCAUCUCUCUGUUUUCUACUUUUCUCAUUAUUUCAGCGAUGUCUGCAGAAUACAAGUUUGAAGGCUGGGUCGCUAGUGAUAAUCUGUCCGUUCGAGGGCAGAUGGUAUGGGGCGAAUUCGAGCCAAAGAAAUGGGAGGAACAUGAUGUCGAUAUUGAAAUAAUUUGCUGCGGCGUGUGUGGCUCUGAUAUCCAUACAUUAGCGUCAGGCUGGGAGCCAACACUAUACCCAUGCGUGGUUGGACAUGAGAUCGUUGGCAAGGCUGUUCGUGUUGGCAAAGAUGUUAAGAACAUCAAAGUUGGUGACCGCGUUGGAGUGGGAGCCCAAGCAGGAAGUUGCUUGAAGCCAAGUUGCGCGGAUUGCUCUGCUGGCCAAGAGGCCUACUGCAAUGGCCCCGAAUCAGUCAACACUUACGGGUCGGUCUAUCCUGACAACAAGGGAACGUCAUACGGUGGAUAUUCGACAUACAAUCGCACACACAACCAUUUUGUUUUCAAGAUCCCAGACGCUCUGGCCUCAACCGACGCCGCUCCGAUGCUCUGUGGGGGUGUGACUGUUUACUCUCCUCUAAAAGAAAACGGCUGCGGGCCUGGGAAGAGAGUCGGUGUUAUUGGUAUUGGCGGCUUAGGCCAUUUUGCCUUGCUGUUUGCGAAAGCCCUCGGAGCUGAUGAGGUAGUUGGCAUCUCGAGAAAGGCAGAAAAGAAAGGCGAUGCUCUCAAGCUAGGCGCAGAUCGAUAUAUAGCAACAGACGACGACGAGGACUGGGCUAAUCGCAAUGUCCGAACCCUAGACUUGAUCAUUUCUACUGUUUCAAGCGAGCACAUGCCUCUUGAAAAGUAUCUAGGACUACUUAAAAUUAAGGGAUCAUACAUUCAAGUUGGGUAAGUCCCCGAGGUCCUCUCUUUUCUCAAGGUAUUUUGCGCUAAAUAUUUCACUCAGUGUUCCAGAUGGUGGGAAACUUCCCCCAGUGAGUGCCUUUACACUCAUUGACAACGGUAUCAAAAUCGGUGGUAGCGCAAUCGGCUCGCCACAGGAGAUUGAAGAGAUGCUGCAGUUUGCAGCUGAUAAGAACAUCAAGCCUUGGGUCGAGUAGUGGCCAAUGAAGGAUGCCAAUCAAGUCAUCCAAGACUUGCAAGAGGGAAAGCCACGCUAUAGAUAUGUUUUGGUGAAUGGCACGUGAAAUCAAUAGGGUAGACGAUGGGUAAAGUAGCAAUCUUUGAUGACAGAUUUCCAGCCUCUUUCAAAAACCAAUGCAUAAUGCAAAACCUCACGCACUGAUGAAAACGCACCCCCUCAUGCACUUAGACAAGGGUGAGAAAUCGUCCGAUAGAAGCUACCUGCUUUCUUGGCCUUUUCACUCCUUUUUGGAUAUAAAAAG